UAUAUUCUGUCUGGCACAUAAAGGCUGCCUGAGAGCUUUAUGGUCUGCUCUGCUGUGAACACUGUCACAUCUGAAGCAGGUUCAGGAUGAGGAGGUCCCUGCAGUCCCUUUUGAGGGCCAAUUUAUUCUUCUAUCUUGGACUUUUCCUGCACUGUGGAGAAGCCAGAGUGAACACUGAAGUACCGAUUGGACCUCUGUAUCGUGUGGUCGGCUCAAAGCUCUCCAUCUCCUGCAAUGUUAGCGGCUUCAACAACGCCAACACCAAGAAACACUUUGAAUUCCGCGUUAAUAAGCCCGGGAAACCAAUGUCGGAGAACAUCGUAAGCUCCAGCAGGCCAGGCUUCAGCUAUUCCUCGUAUAAGCGUCGUCUCGAGGAAAAGGUAAUCGCUCUGACACAUGUGUCUCCAAACUCCGUCCUGUUUGAGAUACACAGCCUGCAGAAGAGUGAUGAAGGGGAUUAUGAGUGCUCUGUGCUCAAUGCAGAAGCGAGUUAUGAUGGAGCCUACAGCGCGUCGACAUCAGUGAAAGUGAUUGACAACUCCCUGAGUGUUUCAUCAGCUGCUUCCACCUCACAGAGUUUUAACGAGGGUGAAGCUUUCACUUCGACGUGCCAAGCCUCCAGCAACACCGUCCAGCACACCCACCUGUCUCUCACCUGGUUUCUGCUCAGAGACGAUGACGAGAACGCUCGUCCAAUCAUUUCUGUGGACAGAUAUUUCACACUCAGCCCCGGCCAGGGCUUCGAGGGGCGUUACCAAGCUGGACUCAUAAGGUUAGAUAAGAUAGGAGGGGUCGUGUACCGGCUCAGCAUGGGUCAGCUCCAGCUGUCAGACAGCGGGAGGGUCUUCUGCCGGGCCCAGGAGUGGAUCCAGGAUCCUGACCGCUCCUGGUACUCCAUCACACAGAAGAACGCAGAGGAAACCGUCUUACAUGUGGAAGCGAGAGAGGUGGUUCCAGACACGUCGCCUCUGUUGGUGAGAAUCUCUCUGCAGCCUGCAGCGCUGCAGGUCGGCCAGACGCUGUCGAUAAACUGCAACGUAAACAAACAGAGCUCAGAGGAAAGCUUCUUCUCUGUGGCCUGGUCCAGAGGGGGUGUCGAGCUGGCACGCGUCGGCCCGACGGGCGUCCUCUCCGUGGGGCACGAGUACAGCGUGCGAGAGGAGGAGCUCAGAGUGGCCCGCAUCAGCGACAGCGACUUCCGUCUCAGACUGCAGCCGGUCAGAAUCGAGGACCAGGGAGAGUACAUCUGCAGAGCGUGGCCUCAGAAAAGAGGACAAGAUGGUGCUUUUAUACAAGGAGCUGCUCAGGACUCCGUUCCACAGAGGAUGACUAUCUCAGCCACAGAAAGCGGGCUCUCACUGGAAAUGCAGAAUGACACGAGUGCUAAUGAAGGCGAUGGACUGAAGCUCACCUGCAGAGUACACGGCUACAAAGGACAGCUCUCCAUCACCUGGCAACACAAACCGACGGCCACGUCAAGUGCUACAUUCACCACCGUCAUCAGCCUGAGUCAGGAGGGCGUAGUGAUAGAGAAGUCGGAAAGUCAGAAAAUGAAGGCAACGCGUCCAGCAGCCGACACCUUCACCUUAGAGCUGGAUGAAGUCAAACCAUCGGACUCAGGUGUUUAUCAGUGUGCCGUGUCCGAGUGGGAAAACAAUCGCAAGACCAACAGCCGCUCACAGACCGCCACGGUGACCGUGGUUCCUGCUGGCUCGUUUGUGAAAGUGAACCUCAUAAGUCGCAACAACUUGGUGACCGUAGGAAAAAAUGUGAUUCUGAUGUGCCGGGUCCGAGGCGUACGCGUCCCCAUGACGGUGACUUGGAGCUUGCAGCGCGACGCCUCCACCAUAGACAACAUCCUGACGGUGUACGCCGACGGAGCCAUCAGCUGGUCCGCAGACCAGCACCGCUACCAGCUGAACGUCGACAAGACGGGGAACGACUUCACUCAUAAACUCCUCAUCAGGGGGGCGAGCUCCAGGGAGGCGGGACGGUACCAGUGCAGCGUGUCGUACAACGCGCACAAGACUGAGUCCAACCAGCUGGCUGUGCAGGUGCAGAACCCAGUGAGCAGCCUCGCCCUGACCUCAUCACCGGCCUUAACGACUUCCAUCGACCACGACAUCGAAAUCCGAUGCUCGGUGACCUCUGAACCCUCUGCGUCGACUCGCUACUCCGUCACCUGGCUGCACGAACAAGAGGCAGAGAGGAAGAUCAUCCUGAGCUCAGACCAGGACGCUAAAGUCGAGUUUGGACUCCAGGUAGACCCGAGCCAGAGGCAGAGGAUCGGCGCCAAGCGUUCAAAAGGCCCAAGUUUUGAAUUAAGUAUCCGGCAGACUCAGAUCUCAGACGACGGCGUGUACCUGUGCGAGGUGGCCGAGUGGCUACAAGAUCCUCGUGGUGAUUGGUACGAGCUCUCAUCAGUGUCAAGAGCCACAAAUCUAACAGUGAUGGAGCCAGGUACAUUACUUUAUGUCUUUAUGUCU